AAAUGAUCAGAUUGACCAAAGCUCGUGUUGGUCAAUAUCAGAAAACUAGGUGAGAAGCUGGUCUCAAAUAAACUGAGUUUUUAUUGUAAGAAACUUAUGUAAUCUCAAGGGAAUGUCUUUUCCCUGCACUUGGUACUUCAAAGGGGCUUUCUUUUGGGAGAUCCUAUUUUUGGGAGGAGAAUGGGCCCUCCUUAUAUAUAUUUUGUGUGGGAAUGUUAUCUGCUACACUUGCAAGCAAGAACGUUUGACCCAAGGGAUCUGCUGUCUAGUCAAGUUCAAUAAUCAGUACUACACAAAGGGUCAAAAGUCCGAAGGUGUGGAGAUGCAGAGAUGGCAGGAGAUGGGGUUAAGCAGGACUGGACUGGACAUGGUAGGACAAGUGCGCAGGAUCUCCAAGCAGGUCCAAUGCGUCAGAGAUACGGAGAUGGCAGAAAAACAUCAGAGAUGGGUAGAAGAUGUGUGGACUGGCUGGGAAUUGCAGAAUGGGGUCCUAGCAGGCCAGCCUGAACAUGAUCAUCACAGCAGAGCAAUGACAUUAGAAGUGGAGCAGAAUAUUCCAGAAAGUGGAGCAGAACAUUCCAGCAGGUGGAGUAGAACAUUCUAG